AUGCCUGGGUGCGUUGCCCGCAAAAGCAAUCUGCCUUACGUCAUCCCUGUGCCUGGUACAUCGUGUGCGCAGCUACCGCCCGAGGGCGCCGACGCAGCAGGACCUCUGCUCGUAGGCUGCGGGGCCGCACCGUGCAGCAGUGCGCUUCCCGCGUGCACGUGGGCCCCCCGCGGGGGCGGCGCCACGGGCGUCUUCGGCGUCGCUUUCUGCCUGGGCGUCGCGUGGGGACGCCUGCGGUGGCGCCGGCCUGGCUCGCGGAAGCCGGCCACCGUGCUCAGCGCAGCGGGUGGUUCCGCAGUGUGCCUGGUUGAUGCACCAACCCACCUGGAGGCCAGCAGUGGCCCGGCGUGGAGCAUCGCCGGCAGCCUGCCGCUGACGCUGCUGCCGUCCGCCUUCGGCGGCCAGCUGGCAGCCUCACCAGGAAGCCUCGGCGCGCCGCGUGCGGCAGGCAGCGCCGAGCUGGCGGCAGGGGCGGCGCGGGCGGCGCUGCGGGUGCGAUUCCUGUACGCUUCGCCGCUGGUCGCGGGCCCAGGGCCAGCCAACGGCAAGGUCAUGCCGCCCAUCCGGUGGCAGGAGGAGAGCGCGGCCGUGCAG